UCCUACAGCUCAGCAGCAGGAACCUUCUGACCCAGCGGACACAACACUGAGGGACACCAGUGCGCUUCUCUUCAAACCAAGCUUUCUUUUUGAAACUUUUUCUAACUUGACACCAGACAACUUCUCAUCCGGGUGAGGAUCUGGAUGAGCCCUCACUCCUCUGUCUCCUCUGUCCUCUGUCUCCUCUGUCCUCUGUCCUCUGACCUGUGACGUCGGGACUCCUCGUCUGUCCCGUUAGGUCACGUGAUGUCCCUCGCUAUCCUCCUGAUCGUGCUGGGACUGUCCCGGACUUCAGCUGUCAAGGCUGGUGAAGCUGACCGAGAAGACCAGUUGAGGAGCCGCCUGAAGGAGUACGGCCUGGUCACUCCCUUCAGCACCGACUCCCACGGGCACUUCCUGUCCCACCUCCUCUCGGCCUCUCACAAGCAGCGGGUGAAGCGGGACGCGUUGCCCUCGGCCGCCGGACCCGACCAGGAACUCUUCUUCAACAUCACCGCCUUCGGGAAGGAGUUCCACCUGCGCCUGCGCCCCAACAGCCGGCUGGUGGCGCCCGGCGCGAUGGUGGAGUGGCACGACAACGCCCCGGCGGCCGGGAAUACCAGCGCCGGCGCCGGUGACGGGAACGGCACCGGCGCCGGAGAGGAGAGGAUCCUGCGCCGGGAGCUGCUGAAGACGGACUGCACCUUUAUCGGAGACAUCUCCGACGUGCCCGGAGCCUCGGUUGCCAUUAACAACUGCGACGGCCUGGCCGGGAUGAUCCGCACCGACUCCGAUGAGUACUUCAUCGAGCCUCUGGAGAGAGGAACCCAGGAGCUGGAGGACCGAGGCCGGGUCCACGUGGUUUACCGCAGAUCGGCCGUGAUGCCGGGACCCUCGGACAUCUCUCUGGACUACCAGCUGCAAGAACCACAGCUGGAUGUCCCCGGGACUCUGGACUCUGUGGCCCAGCAGGUCAACGCCACCAUCAGCCGCCGCCGCCGGGACGCCGGAGAGGACGACUACAACAUCGAAAUCCUGCUGGGGGUCGACGACUCGGUGGUUCGAUUCCACGGGAAGGAGCAUGUGCAGAACUACCUGCUCACCCUCAUGAACAUAGUGAACGAGAUCUACCACGACGAGUCGCUGGGCGUCCACAUCAACGUGGUCCUGGUGAGGAUGAUCAUGCUGGGCUACGCCAAGUCCAUCAGCCUGAUAGAGAGAGGGAACCCGUCCCGGAGUCUGGAGAACGUGUGCCGCUGGGCCUUCGUGCAGCAGAAGGGCGACGCCGACCACGCCGAGCACCACGACCACGCCAUCUUCCUCACCCGCCAGGGCUUCGGCCCCACGGGGAUGCAGGGUUACGCCCCGGUCACUGGGAUGUGUCACCCGGUCCGGAGCUGCACCCUCAACCACGAAGACGGCUUCUCCUCCGCCUUCGUCGUGGCUCACGAGACGGGACAUGUGCUGGGCAUGGAGCACGACGGCCAGGGGAACCGCUGCGGGGACGAGACCACCAUGGGCAGCGUGAUGGCUCCACUGGUGCAGGCGGCCUUCCAUCGAUACCACUGGUCCAUGUGCAGCGGGCAGGAGCUGAAGAGAUACAUCCACACGUACGACUGCCUCCUGGACGACCCCUUCAAACACGACUGGCCCCAGCUGCCCGAGCUCCCCGGCAUCAACUACUCCAUGGACGAGCAGUGUCGCUUUGACUUCGGAGUCGGCUACAAGAUCUGCACCUCGUUCCGCACCUUCGACCCGUGCAAGCAGCUGUGGUGCAGCCACCCGGACAACCCGUACUUCUGCAAAACCAAGAAGGGCCCCCCCCUCGACGGGACCGAGUGCAACCCCGGGAAAUGGUGCUACAAAGGUCACUGCAUGUGGAAGAACCCAAACCAGGUCAAGCAGGACGGAGGCUGGGCGGCCUGGAGCAAACACGGAUCCUGCUCUCGCUCCUGCGGCACCGGCGUUCGCUUCCGGACUCGUCUCUGCACCAACCCAGCGCCGUCCAACGGGGGCCAGGACUGUCCCGGGGUGAACUACGAGUAUCAGCUGUGCAACACCGACGACUGCCCCAAGCACUUCGAGGACUUCCGGGCUCAGCAGUGCCAGACCCGCAACUCGCACUUCGAGUUCCAGAACGCCAAACACCACUGGCUUCCCUACGAGCACCCGGACACCAACAAGCGCUGCCACCUGUACUGUCAGUCCAAGGAGAGCUCGGACGUGGCGUACAUGAAGCAGCUGGUGCAUGAUGGGACACGCUGCUCCUACAAGGACGCCUACAGCAUCUGUGUGCGUGGAGAAUGUGUGAAAGUCGGCUGCGACCGAGAAAUCGGCUCGAUCAAGGUCGAGGACAAAUGUGGCGUCUGUGGUGGAGACAACUCCCACUGCCGCACGGUCAAAGGAUCCUUCACCAGGACGCCCAAGAAAGCCGGCUACCUUAAGAUGUUUCUCAUUCCUCCUGGAGCUAGACAUGUGAUCAUCCAAGAAAGUGAGGCCUCCCCUCAGCUUCUUGCCGUGAAGAACCAGGCGACGGGUCAUUACAUCCUCAACGGGAAGGGAGAGGACGUGAAGUCCAGGAGCUUCAUCGACCUGGGGGUGGAGUGGCAUUACAUCAUCGAGGAGGACGUGGAGACCCUGCACACCGACGGACCCCUGCACGACCCCGUGGUGGUUCUGAUAAUACCGAGGGACAAUGAAACGCGCUCCACGCUCAUGUACAAGUACAUCAUCCACGAGGACUCGGUUCCCGUUAACACCAACAACGUGAUCCAGGAGGAGACGUACGAGUGGGCUCUGAAGAGCUGGUCUCCGUGCUCCAAGCCCUGCGCCGGAGGCUUUCAGUACACCAAGUACGGCUGUCGAAAGAAGGGCGACACCAAGAUGGUCCAUCGAGGAUACUGCGACGCCAACAAGAAGCCAAAGCCCAUCCGCCGCAUGUGUAACCUGCAGGACUGCACCCAGCCGCAGUGGAUCUCAGACGAUUGGGAGUAUUGCACCAAAACCUGCAGCAGCCUGGGUUUCCAGAUCCGGACGGUGCGCUGCGUCCAGCUGCUCCACGACAGCUCCAACCGCUCGGUGCACAGCAAGUACUGCAGCGGAGAGAAGCCCGAGAGCCGGAGGCCGUGCAACCGGGUCCCGUGUCCGGCGCAGUGGAGGAGCGGCGCCUGGUCGGAGUGCUCCGUGACCUGUGGCGAGGGGAUGGAGCGGCGUCUGGUCACCUGCCGGAUCGGAGACCAGUGCACCGGAGAGAAACCUGAGAACGUGAGAUCCUGCCGACCCGGAGCCUGUCACGACGAGCCGUGUAACGGGGACAAAUCCAUCUUCUGCCAGAUGGAGGUCCUGGCCCGGUACUGUUCGAUCCCGGGCUACAACAAGCUGUGCUGCGACUCCUGCAGCCGGCGCACCGGCUCCCUCACCAUGUUCUCCGAGGCGGCCGAGACGGAGGAGCACGUCCGCUUCGGCUCCGCCUCCCAGCUGCUGGAGACGCUCACAGCGUCGGUCGCAGCCAACGCCACCCGCGGCGGGAAACAAGGAUCCGUCACGUCAGCCGGGAAACACACCAGCACCCCCGCUCCGCUCAGGAAACCCCCCCCGUCGAAGAUCACCGCGGCGCUCAGACGGGCCCCGAGACACAUGGCCCUCCCCGGCAGGAAGCUGCCCGCCAUGGCGCCGUCUCCCCCGGCAGAUCCCGGCGAGGGUCAGAGGUCGAGCAGCUCCACAGAUCGCCGGUGGCCGACAGCGUACUCCGAGGUGGAGAGAUGAAAGUGAACGCUUCCCCUCAGGACUCCUAAUGCACAGAAGCUCAUCCGGCUCCUUCCUGAGGCUUCAGCCCAAAAAAACACCCCCGAGAAAAGUGCUGGUUCACUUUGUUCACGUUUUCCAUUUCUGCCCCAGAACUCCUGAGCUCCGUCAGGCUCCACCCCAAAGCUGGUGUGACCCUUCACCUCAACGCUAGAUGUUCAGAUCCUUUCAGGUGAAGGGCCACGAGGACUGACGGGGAUUUUCCGCUGUGUCAAAUGAAAAACUGAGGAAACAAAAGAACCAAAGGACAGUUUAAUAUUCAUAAAGACGCCUGAAUCUGCUACAAACUCCCUCACACGUUUAUAUCAUAAUGAAAAUCUUAAUUCCAGUCAAAGAGGGAUGAAGAUCUCCUUCACGACACCUGUACUGUCAUCUCCUCUCUGAUUGGCCUCAUCUCUGGUCUUGAACCAGAGUGUGAAGUGUUGUCUUUUUGUCUUCUUGUAAAAAAAGAAUCCAAACACAACAUUAAUUCUCACAUUGGCCAGUUUCCUAAACUAAAUCCCACAUUUAGAUGUUUUUAAUAACCCUGCACACUUUGUCUAAACUAAUGAAUCCCUCUGCGUCUUGUUCGUGGAUCUCACAGUGAGAUUCCUCUUUUCAGAGAUACAGAACAAAUCGUCUGAUACAGCUGAAAAUCCCUUUUCACUUUAAUGUUACAGCCAUUUUCUUGCCAAAAUAUACAAAUGCAGUCGUGUGGUCGCUGCUCAUCCAGAGCCAGAGUCAGAAUGCUCCAGUGAAGACCAUGAGCACGAUGGCUUUAGUUGUAUAGUUGUUUUUAUAUCCAGCGAUGUCUGUUGAGUGGCACUCCUUAUGUGUUAUGGAAAUGGGUAUUUAUAAAGGUUCCUGUAAAUACUGUACAUGAAAAUAUCAGUAUUAUAAAAUUUUAAAGAAAAGCUAAGGAUACUUUCAAACACCCGUUUUAAUAAAAUCAAGAAUAACGGAAAUUCCUCUGAAUGUUUCAGCAGCAAAACGAUGGAUGAAUCAAUUCUGCUGUUUGACUGAAUAUUUAAAACAUUUUGGGAAAUAUUCUCCCAUAACUAACGAUGAGUCAAAGCAGAAGAUUGAAUCCACUCGUGGGUGCAAACUAAAUAUGAAGCUAAAGACGAGAUCAGCAUAAAGAAACAGCUGGAGGACGGAAGUUUGAUAUCUCUUGUUUUACUUAUGAGUAAAAACACCAAAGAUUGUAGCUUCACAUUCAGAAUAUUAACACGAGGGGAACUUUUCCUUUUAGAAGCAUCGAGCUUCGAGUUAAAGAAGGGAACUACGUAGGGAACUGUUCUCAAUGCUAUAUGUUUCUUACAGUAGACUCUUGUUCAGCUGAGAAAUUACCAUUCAUCCAACGUGUGCUUCUCUUUCACAUGAACUGGAAACACACAAACAUCCCUGAAAUACCCUGGAAUGAUGGAGUUUCUACAGCGACACAUUCAAACACACAAUAAAGCUGCAUUAAGCAAUUUUUGACCACUAAGGAAACAGACCUGAAAGCAUCUGCUUGUUUCCUGCUCAGAGGAAACAGCACCUCCCACUAUUUCUCAUCUCUGUCAGAUACUUGUUUCACUUUUAGCUCCGGAGUUGGUCUCCACCAGCUGCUCGGGAAAAAUCUGUGGCUCAUCAGCUGCUUGAUGUUUUCCACCAUCUUCUCCGGUUACCUGCUCUAUGUUCUAAUGUUAGACGCCGUGUGGAACUGCAGAGGCGGACGUUUCACUCCGGGUUCAGACAUCUUCACAUCACACACUUAUUUAAAUAUAAUUUAUAGAUCAAAAAUCUGCUUAAUGGAGCUUCGGGCCCGUUCCAGGCUCUGUUGUACGUUUUGUGUUUUCCGGGAACAAGAAGCUGGACUUUCAAGACUUUUUACUGUAUGUGGAACGUUGUUAUUUACCGAAUGGCUUUUUAAUGGUGAAAGGUUCCGAAGAGAAAAGCUAUUUAUUUAAAGGAUUUCCUCACAACCACCAUGCAUCUGACUGCAAUAGCAAAAAAAAACACAGAUUGGUGUUUUCAGAAAUAGUUUCGCAACUACUCACACUCACUCCUGUGUGCCGAUGUAUAGUACAUGUAUAUAGCAUUGAGUACAUGAAUAUUUAUUGAAAGUGAAAAGGUCCUUCUUUGUUCCGACAGCAUGUGAGGACCUGAUCAAUAAGCUGCAGCCGAUAAACCAUUGAAACCUGAUCGACUUGUUUUUCAUCCACAUUUUCUCAUUUGAACUGGAUUUCUGUUUUUUAAAUAAAAACACGCGAUAGACUAGAUGAUGACAUUGUUUUUUUCUGCAAAGAAUUUAGAUGUAAAUUUACAAGCUCCACGUUGAGAUGUUUUUGUCAGAAAGCUGUUUUUUUUCUCGCAGCUGUUUCGUAGGAAGAAGCCAACGCGUACUGAGACCAGUGCUUUAUUAUAACCAGUAAAACAUAACUAGUGUAGAAGCAGUAACGUUGUUUUUGAUGCUGUGUGUAGUUUUCCUACCCGUUGGACAUCCCCCCCCCCCUGUUACACGUCCUAGGUGUUUCGUUGACAAUCCCUGAGCCUCAGACAGAUAUUACUGCACAGGAUCCUCCAUGUA